AUGGAGCUUUGCCACAAGAAUCAAUGGGGUUUACCAAAGUACACCUCUAUGAGAUAUGGGCCAGAUCAUAACCAUGCUGCCAUGCUUGCUUUUCUUCACUUCAAUUCUCCACCUCCUGGUUCUCUUUCUUUCCUUCUUUCUUGUGACGAGUCUCGAGUUUACAAGAUUCUCUUGCAAGAGAUAGUUCAGAGAGAAGAUUUAAGCACUCCAGUUUAUAAAACUAUAAAACGUGGUGAACCCCACAAGCCUAUUUUCUUUACUAGUGUGGAGCUGGAUGGAGAAAUUUUCCAUGGGAAAGCAGCAAAAUCCAAGAAACAAGCAGAGUUGGAUGCUGCAAGGGCUGCCUAUGUCGCUCUUAAGGAACGUGGAUCAAUUCAGAAUGUCAACUUCACUUCCUCUAGUUUAGGAGCACAUACUCCCAAAUCAACUUGGAGCUCUGGUGUGGCCUAUGACUUGGUACAGAGUCUCAAACACCAAUGCAUUUUGGUUCCACAUCAACCUCAGACUUAUGUUGAAGCUAAAGAGAAGUUUGAUACAUUAGCAGAUUCAGCAGAAACCAUUGUAAGCACAAUGGAAGUGGACAACUCAUACCCUGCAAUAACAUUUCAUAUGGAAAAACUGAAUGAAGCUGAGAAAGUCUCUGCUGUUUCUUCUCCUUCAGUAACAAACUCGAUGAGCAGUGAUGUGAAGAGUUACUUGCUUUGCAACAAGGUGAGAGUGUACUCACAGUUGCCCAAUCAUCCAUUCCCAGAAGACAUUACUGUGCUCCCCAUUAGAGAAGACAAGUGGGUAGCUGUCAGCUUGGAAUUCCCAAAUGAAAACAACAAAGAAUAG